AUGUCUGGUGCCGAAAUCAUCGGUAUCAUCUCUGGUAUCAUUGCCAUUGUCGAUGCAACUGUGAAAGUCUAUGCCGCCGCUACCGAUGCCUCGGGCCUCCCCGAAGCCUUCCGCGAUGUUGCGAAGCGACUCCCUCUCGUCCGAGAGACUCUCCAAACCGCCUGGGGAUACUUGGACGUCGCAAACCCUGACGAGGCGUUUUGCAACGCAAUGAAGCCCAUCUUGGAGGAUUGUGCAGACAAGGCGAAACGAUUGGCCGUGAUCUUUGAGAAAGUGGUCCCACAGGCCAAUAAUUCGAAAACAGAGCGGUACUGGCGUGUCACCCGCACCUUACUCAAAGGAGAUACAGUGGAAUCGCUGAUGAAGGGUGUACUUAUUGAUGUCCAGCUUUUGACCGGCAAUCGCGUGACAAAGCUGCCCACAGAAUCUGAGAUUGCAGACCGGAUACAGGAGGCUAUAGAAAGAGUAUCAGCUAUUCCACCAUCGUUGCCAGGGCGUGAGGCGUCCGUUAAUAGCGAUGCCGAGCGCAACACCUUACUCAAGAGCCUGAAGUGGACCGACCCCACCCUUGAUAAAGACCGCAUCGAAAGAACGAAAGGUGGUGUAUAUGAACAAUCGUCUCGCUGGAUUCUUGCUCACUCUAGCUACCGCCAGUGGCGACAUGAAGAAACUAAGCUACUCUGGAUCAAGGGCGGUGCCGGCAAAGGAAAGACGAUGCUGCUGGUUGCUGUUACCAAGGAGCUUCGGCCCUAUACCAAACUUGCUAGGCCCGGUGCCGACUCGUUCCUAUCAUUUUUCUUCUGCCAAAAUACCGAUGACCGCUUGAAUAACGCAGUUGCCAUCCUUAAGGGACUUAUAUAUCAAUUGUUGGUGCAGGACAGUAGCCUCAUCUCGUGCCUUAAGGACCAUUAUGACCGCAUGGGCAAAGAGGUCUUCGACGCCGCCAACAACGUCAAUGCCUUCGAUGCACUCUCCAACGUCUUUAGACAAAUGAUCGGGUACCCUGGUCUAGGAACCAUCUAUCUAGCCGUUGACGCUCUCGAUGAAUGCGAAGUCGGCCUGCCAGAGCUUCUUGACCUUAUUAGAGAAACUUGCCUCCAAGAAAACCGCCUCAAGUGGAUCGUUACAAGCCGCAAUCAUGUCAACGUCGAUGAGAGUCUGGCUUUAAGUCUAGAGGUGAACUCAGAAGCCGUGUUGAGCGCCAUUGAAGUCUAUAUCAAGUACAAGGUCUCCCAAGUGCCGUCGCUCAAAUCUAACCCGACCCAGCGAGCGAAUGUCCAGCGAAAACUUCUCGACAAGGCUGACGGUACAUUUUUAUGGAUUGAUCUGGUAUUGCGGUCUAUUCACGAUGCUUUGGGCGAUGAUAUUAUUCGGCUUAUCGAUGAGAUGCCAAAGGGCCUUCCGCCACUUUACGACACGAUGAUGCGAAAUAUCGGAAUGUCUAUAAGCGCUUAUCAGGCUUCAUGUCGUACCAUUCUUUCCAUCGUAACGCUUACGUACCGCCCGCUCCACCUUCUCGAGCUCCGUAUGCUUGCCGAUCUUGAACCAUAUGGGACAAGCGACCUAGAGAAGCUUGUCGAUUUGUGCGGCUCUUUUCUCACUCUGCUAGACAACCACAUCUACCCCAUCCAUCAGUCAGCCAAGGAAUACCUAGUCAGCGAGGUUGCCCUUGGUAAGAUAUUCCCGUCCGGUAGGCAUACUGUACAUCGUACUAUCGCCGACAGGUCCGUGGCGAAGAUGAAGAGCAUACUAAAGCGAGAUAUCUAUAACCUUGCGCAUCCUGGGACACUGACCCACGAAGUCGCAGUGCCUCCUGUGAAGGAUCCUCUGCUUGGCGUGGGAUACUCCUGUGCAUACUGGAUCGACCACGUCUGUGACGCAGAUAAGAGCGACUAUCAGAGAAAUCGUCGUUCCCAGCUAUUGAAAACGCUUCAGGAUCUGGCGCCUUCAAGAAAGGGACACGAUACACACAAUUCAAUCGCCGAGUUCUUCCGUGUCCACUUCCUACACUGGCUUGAAGCGUUGAGUCUGCUCGGUGUUGUCACGAACGGAGUCUUCUCUCUAACCCGGCUUAGGAACAUCCUAAUCAAAAGAGAUAACAAAUUUGUUAACUUAGUUGAAGACUUGUAUCGAUUUAUUCUAUAUAAUCGAUCGAUCAUAGAACAAGCUCCAUUACAAACAUAUGUGUCAGCAUUGCUAUUUACUCCAGUUAAUAGCAUUACUCGCGGCUUAUUCACAGUAGAAGAACCUAGUUGGGUCAUAAUAAAACCUUUAAUCAAGCAACAUUGGAGUCAAUAUCUCUAUGUAUGCGAGGGCCAUAGUAGUGCGGUCAAAUCGGUAGCGUUUUCGCAAGAUGGCAGCCGUAUCGUAUCGGGCUCGUUCGACAAGACCAUCCGGAUCUGGGAUACCAACUCGGGCAAAGAAGUACACAAGCUUGAGGGCCAUAGUAAUGCGGUCACCUCGGUAGCGUUUUCGCAUGAUGGCAGCCGUAUCGUAUCGGGCUCGUCCGAUGAGACCGUCCGGAUCUGGGAUGCCAAGUCGGGCAAACAAGCACGCAAGCUUGAGGGCCAUAGUAAUUGGGUCAACUCGGUAGCGUUUUCGCAAGAUGGUAGCCGUAUCGUAUCGGGCUCGUUCGACAAGACCGUCCGGAUCUGGGACUCCAGGUCGGGCAAAGAGGCACGCAAGCUUGAGGGCCAUAGCAGUUCGGUCAACUCGGUAGCGUUUUCGCAAGAUGGCAGCCGUAUCGUAUCGGGCUCGUUCGACAAGACCGUCCGGAUCUGGGAUGCCAAGUCGGGCAAAGAAGUACGCAAGCUUGAGGGCCAUAGUGAUUGGGUCAACUCGGUAGCGUUUUCGCAUGAUGGCAGCUAUAUCGUAUCGGGCUCGUCCGACAAGACCGUCCGGAUCUGGGAUGCCAAGUCGGGCAAAGAGGCACGCAAGCUUGAGGGCCAUAGCAGUUCGGUCAACUCGGUAGCGUUUUCGCAAGAUGGCAGCCGUAUCGUAUCGGGCUCGUUCGACAAGACCGUCCGGAUCUGGGACUCCAGGUCGGGCAAACAAGCACGCAAGCUUGAGGGCCAUAGUAAUUGGGUCAACUCGGUAGCGUUUUCGCAAGAUGGUAGCCGUAUCGUAUCGGGCUCGUUCGAUGAGACUGUCCGGAUCUGGGACUCCAGGUCGGACAAAGAGGCACGCAAGCUUGAGGGCCAUAGUAAUUGGGUCAACUCGGUAGCGUUUUCGCAAGAUGGUAGCCGUAUCGUAUCGGGCUCGUCUGACCAGACCGUCCGGAUCUGGGAUACCAACUCGGGCAAAGAAGUACACAAGCUUGAGGGCCAUAGUAAUUUGGUCAAAUCGGUAGCGUUUUCGCAUGAUGGCAGCUAUAUCGUAUCGGGCUCGUCCGAUGAGACCGUCCGGAUCUGGGAUGCCAAGUCGGGCAAACAAGUACGCAAGCUUGAGGGCCAUAGUAAUUGGGUCAACUCGGUAGCAUUUUCGCAGGAUGACAGCUAUAUCGCAUCGGGCUCAUCCGAUGAGACCGUCCGGAUCUGGGAUGCCAAGUCGGGCAAAGAGGCACGCAAGCUUGAGGGCCAUAGUAAUUGGGUCAAAUCGGUGGCGUUUUCGCAAGAUGGCAGCCGUGUCGUAUCGGGCUCGUUCGACAAGACCGUCCGGAUCUGGGAUACCAAGUCGGGCAAAGAAGUACGCAAGCUUGAGGGCCAUAGUAAUUGGGUCACCUCGGUAGCGUUUUCGCAUGAUGGUAGCCGUGUCGUAUCGGGCUCGUCCGAUGAGACCGUCCGGAUCUGGGAUGCCAAGUCGGGUACGGAGUUGCGUACUAUACUAAUGAGCAGUGCCGUUCUCUGGUUACGGUUAAAGAUAUCGAGUGACUUUGGGCUGUUACUUCAAACUAACGCCGGCAAUAUCCUCGCAGACUUUAACAAUAACCACGGUAUUGGUAAUGAUAUUAGCGGUGAAAUUUCGCAGACAAUCAUGUCUAGUGACCAGCAACGUUCGGAUCAAGGAUCAGCAUCUGGCAGGACAAAGCCAGAGUGGGGUCUGAAUGGCGACGGUUCCUGGAUUACACGGUGCGGCCGUAGAACAAUAUGGCUUCCACUUGAUUUCAGACCUGGCCCAUCAGACGUUUCAAGAGAUGGUUCAUCCAUUACAAUUGGCUGCCCAACCGGACAUGUAGUCGUUAUCAGGAUGUCUCCAGAUGUUCCAUUUACUUAA